GUGAUGAGCUCCUUUCAGACUCAUUCCCCUACAAGGAAAUUGAAAAUGGAAUGCUGUGGGAAGUUGAGGGGAAGUGGGUUGUUCAAGGAGCUGUAAAUGUAGAUAUUGGUGCAAACCCUUCUGCUGAAGGUGGUGAAGAAGAUGAAGGGGUUGAUGAUCAGACUCAGAAGGUGGUUGAUAUCGUUGACACCUUCCGCCUUCAGGAACAACCUGCCUUUGACAAGAAGCAAUUUGUGACCUUUAUGAAGCGUUAUAUCAAGCAGUUGACACCCAAGCUGGAUGCCGAGAAGCAAGAGCUCUUCAAGAAGCAUAUUGAGGGAGCUACCAAGUAUUUACUCUCAAAGCUCAGUGACCUACAAUUUUUCGUGGGCGAGAGCAUGCAUGAUGAUGGCAGCAUGGUCUUUGCAUACUACAAGGAGGGUGCCACUGAUCCAACAUUUCUGUACUUGGCUUAUGGAUUGAAGGAGGUCAAGUGCUAAGGUUGACGCUGCCACUCACAAAGGGGGUGUUGUAGUUUGGUCAAUAGUACUGCCUUUAUCCUUCUGCUAGAAGUCCUAUUAUGUUACGUCCGUUUGACUGUUCUUUUUUGUCUUUUUAAUUUAACUAGGUUGGUAAGUACUUGUUCGAGUUUUGCUUAAGUGUGUUUUAAUGAGUUUUUUAUGAAAUUUUAAGUAUUGGGUCCAGGAAUAAACUAUGUUGGGGAGUAAACUAUCUUGCUGCCCUUUUUGCUUAUUAAUUGGCAAUGAGACCUAGUGUUGCUGUUUUUAUGUUUGA